AUAUAAUCGACCUUCCAAAUUCCAUGGUCGCAAUCCCCUGCGAUUUGGGCAGCCGCCAUCGAUGUUCUCCGCCCCAUGUGCAAGACCAAGUCCGCUACCCUCGCCACCGAGCCCAGGCCGCGAACGAGGUCCCGAGCAUCCUCUGCCGCCAUCUCCGCCGUCGCCACCUCAUCCAGUGGCUUCCCCACCGGCUCCAGUAGCGACCCCCGCCUACCCCGUACCGCUGCGGCCGUCCCCUUCAAUUCCUUCCCCUCCUCCGGCUCCAAGGCCUCCUCAUCCUCCGUAUCCAGCCUCACCUCCCUUCGUGAGGCCCUCCCGGAUCCCCCCGUUCUCUACACCUUCUCCGAGCUCUGCUCCGCAACGGGGAACUUCCACUCCAACCGCCUCCCGGCCGCGAAAUCCGGUUGGCGCUGCUCCCUCCGCGGCAAGGACGCCGUCGUCUUCCAGCGACGCUUCCACGGCCCCGACCCAGCCGCCCUGCCCGCCCGCCUCGCCGCCCUCGCCAGGUCCCACCACUCCAGCCUCGUCCACCUCCUCGGCGCCUCUCUUGCCGGCGACCACGUCUACGUCGUCCACGAAUUUGCCCCCGGUGCCAGCCUCACCGACUGCCUCCGCAACCAGAGGAACCCUAAUUUCACGCCGCUGUCCACCUGGAUCUCCAGGAUGCAGGUCGCCUCCGACCUCGCCCAUGGCCUCGAGUACAUCCACCUCCACUCCUCCAUCCACAACCGGCUCAAGAGCUCUUCCGUCCUCGUCACGGAACCCGGCUUCCGUGCAAGAAUUUGCCACUUCGGCGCCGCCGAUCUCGCCGACGAAAUCCCCCCCGCCACCGCCGAAGAGGACGGCAAGGCCGACUCGAUCACCCCGCCGCCGCCGGGGAUCAGGAGGACGGGCAGCCGCCGGAUGCGGAUCGAGGGGUCCAGGGGGUACAUGGCGCCGGAGCUGCUCGCCGGCGGGAGCAUUUCCCGGCGGUCCGACGUGUUCGCCUUCGGGGUCGUCCUCCUGGAGCUCAUCUCCGGCGACGAGCCGCUCAAGUUCAGCAUGGGCAGGGGGGACGGGAGCGAAUUCCAGCGGGUUUCCCUGAUCGACACGGCAAGGGAGGUGAUCGGUGCGGAGGAGGAGGGGGAACGGCGAGGGAGGAUGAGGCAGUGGGUGGACCGGAGGCUGCGAGACUCGUACCCGGUGGAGACGGCGGAGGCGCUGAUCCAGGUGGCUCUGCAGUGCGUGGAGGCGGAGGCGGCGGCGCGGCCGGACAUGACGUGGGUGGCCGGGAGGGUGUCGAAGCUCUUUCUAGAUUCGGAGGCGUGGGCGGAGACGGUGAAGCCCCCGACGGAGUUCUCCGUGUCGAUGGCCCCGCGGUGAGAGUCAGAGGUGACGGGAGUGGCAGGCUGGCAGCGAGUCGGUCCUUCUUUUUUUUUCUUUUUGCCUCUUAUUUAAUUUCAGAUUCCAUCGACUCGUUAUAUAUGUUUUUUUGUUGGCUAACACAAAUUGAUUA